AUCAUCCAUUUUAAUUUCCUCAUAGUUAUAGAGAGAGAGUAUCUUACUUAAUUAGUGGGAGAGGGAGUUGAAGAUCUUCUUCUUCUUCACAAGCCUCAUAAAGUAUACUUAAUCCAUUCUCUCUAGCUAAUCUCAUCUUGAAUCUGGAUGUAUAUAUAAAGGUAAGUAGGGCUAGCUCAUGAUGAUCAAAUAUGUUGUGUAAUCUCUAGCUAGAUAGAGAUAGGUUUAAUAAUCACCAUGAGCCAAGUCGACGAUGAUGAUCAUGAUAAUCACAAAGAGGAUCUUCACCACCAUGACAUGGUCAUGCCCGGUUUUCGCUUUCACCCUACCGAAGAAGAACUCAUUGAAUUCUACCUCCGCCGUAAGAUCGAAGGCAAACGCUUCAACGUUGACCUAAUCACUUUCCUCGAUCUCUAUCGUUACGACCCUUGGGAGCUUCCAGCUUUGGCCGCAAUUGGAGAAAAAGAAUGGUACUUCUAUGUACCGCGCGAUAGAAAAUAUAGAAACGGGGAUAGACCUAAUCGUGUCACGACUUCUGGAUACUGGAAGGCUACCGGAGCCGAUAGGUUGAUAAAAAACGAAAACCUUCGCCCAAUAGGACUCAAGAAAACCCUAGUAUUCUACUCGGGGAAAGCCCCUAGGGGAGUUCGGACAAGUUGGAUCAUGAAUGAAUAUCGCUUGCCACACCAUGAGACGGAAAUGUUACAAAAGGCAAGUUGUGAUUAUAUAUGUGUUGAUUCUUUUGAUUUAAAAUAGAUAAUGUAUUCAUUAUCCAUAAUUAAUUAAUUAAUCUCAGGCUGAAAUCUCACUUUGUCGCGUUUACAAGAGACCGGGAGUAGAAGACCGUCCAACCGUGUCUCGCGCUAACCUAGGAAAGGCGGCAUCUAAUUCAUCAUCAAGAGUGGCCUUCGAUCAUAACAGUUUCAAUUCCAAACCGACACAACAACAAGAUGUUGUUAUGAACUCUUCAUGCGGACAACAAGAAGAGGCCGAGAAGAUGAGCGCAGAAACAAGCGCAAGCAGUAGCACGGAAGUAGGCUCAGCCAAACACGAGAUCAAUAUCAACCAAUUUCUUCAAAUGGCAACAAUGCCGCCACUUUCAACUUCGCUAGUAGACGAUAGAUCCUCGUUUUUCUCAAUCUUUAAUCCGGUAGUUCUUCCCCAUCAUGAAAACAACAACAUCCAAUUCGAGGAUCUUCAAAGGAGUUACAUGACAAGCUACGGCCAACAAGGUUAUAACUACAAUCAACAACUACAACAACAACAAUUAGGUCUAAACAUGGUGCCAAACGCUUCAUUUUGGGAUCAAUGGACAUCAUCUUCUUCAAUCCUCCAUGGAGAUGAUCAUAAUCAAGGAAGUAGUAAAGAGUAUAACAAUGUUACCAAUCCUUUCAGGUAAAUGAAUUAAAAAAAUGAUUUUAUAUAUAUUAUCGAUCGGUUGAGAUUUGAAUUGAGAUAAUUGCAAGGAUUGUUGUAUUAAUUCUAUAACAUUAUU